AUGGCAAUCGGUCUUCAGCGCUCGGCUUUCUUUGAAGCCCUCGAAGCCCACGAUCCGCAAUCUACGGCAAUCGUCCACCACGACUCCAAAGUAACAUACCCAUAUGCUUCGCUACUACGUGAUGUUGCUCGUACCAAAGAGCAACUAUUACGACUGACAGGGAGAGAUGAAAGCACUAUUGCGGGUGAGCGGAUUGCAUUCCUCGUUGAAAAUGGAUAUGACUAUGUCGUCACCCUGCUCACUAUCUUGGCCUCGAAUGCAAUCGCUCUACCGUUGGCACCUUCAUUUCCCGUCUCAGAACUGAGGCACAUCAUUAAUGAUAGUGGAGCUUUUCUCCUCCUGAGUUCGACCAAGUACGCUCGGCAAGCAGAUGAGGUGUUGCAAGACGGACUGGAGAAGACCCCGUCGUUUCAUCCGAUGGAUGACCUGAAGCAAUGCUCAAUCGAUGACCAGGAGAUCAAGCUGAUCGGCGCCUCCGACGCUGCCGGUGGUGGUAUGAUGUUGUAUACAUCUGGAACGACGGCUAGACCGAAGGGUGUCCUACUGUCCACUGCCACUCUGGCUGCUCAAGCCCAGAGCUUGCUGACCGCUUGGAAUUACACCCCUCAGGACCAUCUCUUGCAUGUCUUACCGCUUCACCACAUUCACGGGACCGUGAACGCCAUUCUGACGCCAUUGCUCGCCGGGAGCAGCAUCGAAUUCUUAUAUCCUUUCGAUGCUCAUGUCGUCUGGGAACGCUUUGCUGCGCCUUUCUUGCCGACACACGAACACGAAAUCACCAACGGUAGCUCGACCGGUACCCAUCACAACGCAAGAACACCAAUCUCGUUCUUCACGGCCGUCCCCACCAUCUGGGCUCGUCUCCUGCAGACAUAUCGAACCCUGAAUCUGGAACUCCAAACCGCGGCCAAAGAAGCAAUUUCUCGACGACAUCUACGGCUGAAUAUCUCUGGAUCCGCGGCCUUGCCCACGCCCACACUGGACGGCUGGACAGAACUUUCGGGAGGCAAUGUCCUGCUCGAACGUUACGGUAUGACCGAAGUUGGCAUGGCACUUUCUUGUGGUCUCCAUGAUUCCGAUCGCGUCCCCGGGUCCGUCGGCUGGCCUCUCCCAUCCGUGGAAGUACGCCUUUGGGAGGUUGAUGAGCACACCGGCACCGGUGGCGUCAUUCUUCAAGGUGAGGAAAUUGAUCCCGUCUCGGGGAAAGAGCGUCAGGGUGAGAUCCAGCUGCGCGGCCCGACCAUCUUUCGAGAAUAUUGGCGCAACAAAGCUGCCACGGAGAAAGAGUUCACCGUCGACGGUUGGUUCAAGACAGGCGAUAUCGCCGUACGCCGCAUGACGCCCGGGUCUGGACAAGGGAAGUCGGGGUCAUGGGCGCGUGGGCCGGCUUACUUCAUCCAAGGUCGGCAAAGCGCGGACAUCAUCAAGACGGGCGGAGAGAAGGUCUCUGCUCUGGAGAUCGAACGCGAGAUGCUGAGUCUCCCACAAAUCCAUGAAUGUGCUGUCGUUGGCCUGCCCUCGGAAAGUUGGGGACAAAAGGUAGUGGCUGUUGUCGUGCUUUCUGAGGACUGGAAGGACAGUGAUAAACCGUGGGGUGUGGCGGACAUGAGACAUGAGCUGAAAGACCGUUUGGUGCGGUACAAGAUCCCGCAGGACCUGGAAAUUGUGAGUAAGAUCCAGCGCAAUGCCAUGGGCAAGGUGAAUAAGAAACAGCUGGUGGCUGCGGUUUUCGGGGAUGUUGAGAAGAUUAGGAGAAGGAGCAUGGAUAAGAGGGAAGAGAGGGAGAGACUGAAGAAAUUGUUGAAGUAA